AUUAAAUUUCAGAAUUCAUUCAAGUCACAACCGUCUUUUCAAUAUUUUAGAAAUUGUAAGAUGAAAGAUAAGGAGUACUGGAUAAAUAAGUUUGAUUUACAGCCACACCCGAAGGAAACUAAAGGAUUUUUUAAAGAAACCUUCCGUGAUGAAUUUACCGUCAUCGGAUCUUCAGGCGAACAGAGGGCUGCAUCUACUCUUAUUUACUUUCUUCAUGUUCAAGAAUCUCUUAACCCUAAAACUACAUUCUUCAAGGUAAAAUCUGUAGAGACAAUACACUGGUACUACGGGUCUCCUCUACACCUGUAUUAUAUAAACGAGGAGGAGAGGAGGCUGGUUAAGGUGGAGUUGGGAGUUGAUGAAUUUCAGUUUGCAUUCCCCCGGGGAGUCUGGUUUACUAGACUGUGUGAGGUAGAUGAUGGAUAUUCUCUGGUUGGGGCAUCUGUAGCACCAGGCUUUGAUUUCCAGGAUCUGGAGACUACAGAAUAUGAAUCUCUCCAGCAUCUUCUAUCCUAAUAACGUGAACCUGCGAUACACUUUUUUGAAAAUACAAGAUUUUCACUUUUUAAACUUUCUAAAUUUUUCAGAUUCUACGUCCCUGGCAAAAUGUCGGGGACUGAAAAAGUUACCUUGAACGAUGCUCUCUCUAAUGUUGAUGUACUUGACGAACUCCCACUGCCUGAUGAACAGCCUUGCAUUGAGGCCCAGCCUUGCAGUAUAGUUUAUCAGAGUAAUUUCGAUACAAACUUCGAGGAUAGGAAUGCUUUCGUCACUGGAGUUGCCAAGUAUAUUGAGGAAGCGACGGUUCAUUCCAACUUGAACGAGAUGUUAGAGGAAGGACAGCUGCAUGCUGUUAUGCUAUACACCUGGAGAUGUUGUAGCAGAGCAAUUCCUCAACCUAAAUCUAACGAACAACCUAACAGGGUGGAGAUUUAUGAAAAGACAGUUGAGGUUCUAGCUCCAGAAGUCAACAAACUACUCAACCUCAUGUACUUUCAGAGGAAAGCUGUUGAAAGUUUCUGUAAUGAAGUAAAGAGACUUUCUCAUGAAGAGAAACGGAAGGAUUUUGUUUCUGAAGCUUAUCUUCUAACUUUAGGAAAGUUUAUCAACAUGUUUGCUGUGCUGGACGAACUGAAGAACAUGAAGAGCUCGGUUAAGAACGAUUAUGCAACGUACAGAAGAGCUGCACAGUUCCUUAAAGUUAUCGGAGACUCACAGGCGUUGACAGAGAGUCAGAAUCUGUCAAUGUUUCUGGCGAAGCAGGGUAGUAUCAGAGAAGAACUCAAGAAGGCUAUGGAAAAAAUAAAGAACUACGAGGACCUGCUCUGCGAUAUUGUAAACAUAUGUCUUCUUAUGUACGAGCAGAGAACGUACCUCACCCCAGCAGAGAAGCAUAUGCUCGUCAAGGUAAUGGGAUUUGGCUUGUUCCUUCUUGACUCUGAGAAUACAAGCAUCAGCAUAAACAAACUAGAUCAGAAGAAGAGAUUGAGACUAGAGAAACUAGACAGGGUAUUCUUUGAGCUCCAAGUUGUCCCUCUGUUCGGGGAUAUGCAGAUUGCUCCAUUUAACUACAUCAAGAACUCUAAAACAUUUGAUCCUUCAAAAUGGCCGCUAUCAAGCUCCAAUGCAAUAUCUCCUCAGGCCAACUUGAUGAUACAUCUGAGUAAGAUGAGAGAAGAUCAUAUCAAGUAUACAUCGGAGCUAGCCAGAUACUCUAAUGAGGUAACAACGACCUACAAGGAAACUCCGAGAACAGAUCAAGAGAAUAAGAGUUUACUCCGUUUAGCACUCAGAGGUCUACAGCUGCUCUCUGAGUGGACCUGUAUAGUAACGGAGCUGUAUAGCUGGAAGCUGCUACAUCCAACGGAUCACCAUCAGAACAAAGAUUGUCCGCAGGAUGCAGAAGAAUAUGAACGAGCCACAAGGUACAAUUACUCAAGUGACGAGAAGUUUGCUCUGAUUGAGAUAAUCGGAAUGAUCAAAGGGCUCCAGGUUCUCAUGGCAAGGAUGGAAACCGUCUUCACAGAUUCUAUCAGGAGAAGUAUCUACGCUGAGCUCCAGGAUUUUGUCCAACUGGAGCUAAGAGACCCCCUCAGGAAAGCAGUCAGAAACAAGAAGGAUCUUAUCAGGAGUAUAAUAAUGUCUGUCCGUGAGACUUGUGCUGAGUGGCAGCGAGGAAUAGAACCUCAUGAUGAUCCAGCGCUUAAAGGGAAGAAAGAUCCUGAUACAGGAUUUGAAAUCAAGGUUCCCAGACGAAAUGUUGGACCCUCCUCUACUCAGCUGUAUAUGGUCCGAACUAUGCUUGAAUCCUUAAUUGCGGACAAGGCUGGAGCUAAGCGCACUCUCAGAAAGGAUAUUGACAGCAGUAUGCUAAUGAAGAUUGAUGAGUUCCAUAAAACCUCUUUUUUCUGGAAUUAUCUUCUCAACUUCAGUAAAACAUUGCAGGACUGUUGUGACUUAUCCCAGUUGUGGUAUCGUGAGUUCUACCUUGAGAUGACUAUGGGUAAGAGAAUACAGUUCCCUAUAGAGAUGUCAAUGCCCUGGAUUCUCACGGAUCAUAUUCUUACAACAAAGGAUAGUUCCUACAUGGAGUCCGUCCUCUACCCCUUGGAUCUGUACAACGACUCCGCGUUCUACGCCCUGACUGUGUUCCGUAAACAGUUCCUGUACGACGAGGUGGAGGCCGAGGUUAACCUCUGCUUUGAUCAGUUUGUUUAUAAACUCAGUGAUCAGGUUUACAGCUACUACAAACAUCUUGCUGGGAUUAUACUACUGGACAAGCGGUUUAAACAGGAAUGCCAGACGCUUGGAACUUAUAUAACCUCUCCUCCGCCAAACAGAUAUGAGACUCUUCUCAAGCAAAGACAUGUUCAGCUUCUAGGUCGAUCUGUUGAUCUAAAUCGUCUCAUCUGUCAGAGGAUUAACAACAGUCUCCAGAAAUCCUUAGAUCUGGCAAUAUCCAGGUUUGAAGCUGGAGAUAUAACUGGUAUAGUUGAGCUGGAUGCACUGAUCAGGGUUAACAGACUCACGCAUAAGCUUCUCUCCACCCAUCUUGCUCUAGAUGAUUUUGACGAUAUGUUCCGUGAGUCCAACCAUAACGUGUUGGCUCCCUAUGGUCGUGUUACUCUACACGUGUUCUGGGAACUGAACUACGAUUUCCUGCCCCACUACUGCUACAAUGCAGCUACUAACAGGUUUGUCAAGUGUCGAGAUAUUCAGUUUUCUCAACCUGUACAAAGAGAAAGAGCUCCACAGUUGGGCCAUCACUACCUAUGGGGUAGCAAAGCUCUGAACAUUGCUAAUUCUACCAUCUACGGACAGUAUGCAAACUUUGUAGGUCCCCCACACUUUAACUGUAUGGCUAAACUGCUAGGAUAUCAGGGUAUAGCAGUGGUCAUGGAGGAACUUCUUAAAGUUGUUAAAUCCUUAAUACAGGGUAAUAUUCUCCAGUUUACCAGAACUCUGAUGGAAGCUAUGCCUAAGGACUGUAAAUUACCGAGGUAUGAUUAUGGAAGCCCGGGAAUACUUGAAUACUAUCAGCAGAAGCUGAUUGACAUUGUUCAGUACCCAGAUGCUAGAACAGAACUCUUCCAUAACUUCAGGGAGUUUGGAAAUGCAGUUCUUUUCUGUCUUCUUAUCGAACAAGCAUUGUCACAAGAGGAGGUCUGUGAUCUUCUUCAAGCUGCUCCUUUCCAGAACAUUCUCCCAAGGCCAUUCUGCAAAGAAGGCGAGAAAGCGGAAACUAAGCAAAAGCGCCUCGAGGCAAAAUAUGCCGCGCUCCAGAUUGUUCCAAACAUUGAGAAGUUAGGAACUGCUAAACAGGCUCAAAUUGCACGGGAAGGGGAUCUACUAACUAGAGAACGCCUUUGCUGUGGUCUCUCCAUUUUCGAGGUUAUUCUGAAUAGAAUAAAGGGGUUCCUUGAAGAUGCAAUCUGGCACGGGAAACCACCGGCUAACGGUGUUAUCAAUAUAGAUGAAUGCACUGAGUUUCACAGGCUGUGGUCUGCUCUGCAGUUUGUGUACUGUAUCCCUGUAGGGGAGAAUGAGUUUACUGUGGAACAUCUCUUUGGCGAGGGAUUGAAUUGGGCAGGAUGUGUAAUGAUCGUUCUUCUUGGUCAACAAAGGAGAUUUGAAUGCCUGGAUUUCUGCUACCAUAUAUUUAGGGUACAAAAAGUUGAUAGAAGAGAUGAGAAUAUAAAAGGAAUUCAGUUGAAGAGAAUGGUUGACAGGAUUCGAAGGUUCCAGGUGCUGAACAGUCAAAUAUUUGCACAGCUGAACAAAUAUAUGAAAACAAGUUUUGCGGAGAAUGAGAAUAUGCCAGUUGAACAUGUUCGAUGCUUUCAGCCACCGAUACACCAAAGCCUCGCCCAAUCCCAGUACGGUACACGGGAGACAGCUCAGUACGGUACACGGGAGACUGCACAGUACGGUACAAGGGAGACUGCCCAGUACGGUACAAUCAACAGGGACAGGUCUGGUGGAGGAAACAGAAGAUGAGGAAUACCUCUCCCUGGGCUUACAUAGGCUGGGGAGAAGUAAAACUGCUGACAAAUACUCACAACGAUGAAAAGAAAACGAGGAAGAUAGAGAAUGGCGUGGAGGGGAGGAGGAGGGGGGAUUUAUUUGAAAUCAAAACUCUUAUUUAACUCUAAAAAAAAUUUGAUAAACCCCACCUUAUCAUUUAAAAGUUCGCUGAAAAGACUUGAAUAAAAUAUGUCUUUAAAGUUUCUAUUGACUUGUAAAUUUUCAAAAGAUUUUGUGGACAUGUAUGUAUUUUUCUCGUCAUUAGACAUUGAUUAGAUCUUUAAAAUUUUUAUACUGCUAUCAUAUUUCUGUGUCUUCCUUGUAGUUUGAACUAAAAUCCUCCUAAUUUUAUUAGUAAUUACAUUUAUAAUUCAUUUCUAGUUUUGUAAGUAGUUCGAACCCCAGCUAGCCUGUAUGUAAGCUUGAAAAUUUUAUGGUUUUAACCAAAUGAUUUGAAUAAAAAGGAUCGUCAACGUUAUAUGAUUUCAAGUUAGAUUUUACCAUCACUGAUUCAUAACAGUUCCCUAUAUUUCAAGUAAAGAAAUCAAACAUAUGAAUCUGUGCAUGUGUUCGCGGCUUUUUAGACUCGUGUUUUUUACUUGGACUUUUUCAGCGAUAAAACGAGUCUAAAGCCAUCGUUGCAAAACUAAAUAUGUGUGGGUUGCAUUUUAGAAUCGUUUAUGGUACUCUUGGAAAGUACGUUGACAAUCCCUUUUAAGCUUUAGCUUGUGUUAUUGGUGGUUUCUAUCUUCCUUAUUGUACUGAAACCCCCUAGGGACAAACUGUGUAAAUAAUUAUAAACAUUGAGAUAUGUUAUUUUGCAUUUGUAUUAAAUACAAUACUUACUUUGUAGUAUUAUGUUGUAUUGUGUGGCUUGAAAUUAAUAAAAUGUUGACUUGUA